UGUCACUGUGGAGGUGUGCGCGCGCAACUGUACCAGAUUGGAUGUACCAGAUGCACGCGGACCUCUUGCAGCGAUACCCUUCACGACCCGACGACAGUUGCUGGUUCUGUUGAUGCUGUCUGGUGCUCGAUAGCCCUCGAGCUGCGGCAGGAAAGGCUUGGUGUGGAGAUGUCGAGCCCAGUGAAAGAUCGCUGCUGUAGCGGGUUGUAGUGUGGGACAGGCCGGAAGUCUUGCAGUGCUUUGGAGCUAACCUCUGCGGUUGGGGAAGCUCUGGGAACAGUGGGCUGAAGAGAAACGAGGGCUGGAGAGGACCAGGCAAUACUGAUGCAGCAGGCGAGCUUGUAAGAAGGUGGUUACGGAGAUACAAAACAGUAAACAAAGACUAAGGCGAGUGCGAGAAUCAUCAGGGAAAACAGCCUAACAGUCUCUUGACACAGGGGUUGUACCAACAGACUGGAGAAUUGCCAACAUAAUACCGAUCACAAAAAGGGAGACAAAACCGAACCAGAAGAUUACAAGAUGACUUCAAUUGAAGAACGGGAGGAGAAAAAAAAGAGGCUAAGGUCCUGAGGAACAAGAGUCAGAACUGUCCGCCAGUAAAAACAAUGCAAGGAUACACAGAUUAUCACACAGUAUCUGACUAAUCUACCGUGGGCAGCUGACUUCAUAUAAUUCCAAGCAGGUGGCAGGGCCGCAGAAGGCAAGGGGUUGUUCUGUCAGUCUAGCUCUUGUAGAGGUGCUGGUGGAUCAGGUAGGGCUGGCUUUGACUGUGGUGUACAGCUCGCUGGCCAGGUUCCCCAAAGAGUUCUCUGCCCUGAGUGGCCAUGUCUGUCAGUGAGGCAGAAGGAGAUACCCCUAGGUUCUUUUUUGGUUGCGAAGAUGGAGAAGGAGAUGAGCUACUGGAUCAAGGGAAGGUCUAUGACUGUCUUUACGAACACGUGGAGGAGGACGAUGAUGACGAUGAUGAAGAAUAUGAAUCUCCACCAGAAAGGCAGAUUGUGAUUGGAAUCUGUGCCAUGGCAAAGAAAUCAAAAUCCAAACCCAUGAAGGAAAUCCUGGAACGCCUUUGCUUAUUCAAGUACAUCACUGUUGUGAUAUUUGAAGAAGAUGUAAUACUGAAUGAACCUGUGGAAAACUGGCCGCACUGUGACUGUCUUACUUCCUUUCACUCUAAAGGCUUUCCUUUGGACAAAGCAGUAGCAUAUUCAAAACUAAGGAACCCAUUUGUUAUCAAUGAUCUGGACUUGCAGUAUCACAUUCAGGACCGGAGAGAAGUAUACCGUAUUUUAAAGGAGGAGGGAAUCUUGCUUCCACGUUAUGCUGUUCUAAAUCGUGAUCCUGACAAACCUGAAGAGUGCAACUUGGUGGAGGGAGAGGACCACGUGGAGGUGAAUGGAGAGGUUUUCCAGAAACCAUUUGUGGAGAAGCCAGUGAGUGCCGAAGACCACAACGUAUACAUUUACUACCCAACAUCAGCUGGAGGGGGGAGCCAGAGGCUUUUUCGCAAGAUUGGUAGCAGAAGUAGUGUGUAUUCUCCAGAGAGUAAUGUCAGAAAAACUGGAUCCUACAUAUAUGAAGAGUUUAUGCCCACCGAUGGCACUGACGUAAAGGUUUACACUGUGGGCCCUGACUACGCUCAUGCUGAGGCUCGCAAGUCACCUGCGCUCGAUGGUAAGGUGGAACGAGAUAGUGAAGGGAAAGAGGUUAGAUACCCAGUCAUCUUGAAUGCCAGAGAGAAGCUGAUUGCCUGGAAAGUCUGCCUUGCUUUUAAGCAAACUGUUUGUGGCUUUGACUUAUUGCGUGCUAAUGGGCAGUCGUAUGUCUGUGACGUCAAUGGCUUCAGCUUUGUGAAAAACUCCAUGAAGUACUAUGAUGACUGCGCAAAAAUUUUAGGAAAUAUCAUAAUGAGAGAACUGGCUCCACUUUUUCAAAUCCCUUGGUCAAUCCCACUGGAGGCUGAAGAUAUUCCUAUUGUACCAACAACCUCUGGCACCAUGAUGGAGCUGAGAUGUGUUAUAGCUGUUAUUCGACAUGGAGAUCGUACACCAAAACAGAAGAUGAAAAUGGAAGUCAGACAUCAAAGGUUUUUUGAUCUGUUUGAGAAAUGUGAAGGAUAUAAGACUGGGAAACUAAAACUGAAGAAACCAAAGCAAUUACAGGAAGUUUUGGAUAUUGCAAGGCUGCUUCUUGCAGAACUGGGACAAAACAAUGAUUCAGAAAUUGAAGAAAGCAAAGCCAAACUUGAACAACUGAAAACAGUACUGGAAAUGUAUGGGCAUUUUUCCGGGAUAAAUCGCAAAGUCCAGUUAACUUAUCUUCCUCAUGGGUGCCCAAAAACCUCCAGUGAAGAAGAGGAUAACAGACGAGAGGAGCCGUCCCUUUUGUUAGUCCUCAAGUGGGGAGGAGAGCUGACCCCUGCUGGCCGAGUCCAGGCUGAGGAGUUGGGGAGAGCAUUUAGGUGCAUGUACCCAGGAGGACAAGGGGAUUAUGCUGGAUUCCCUGGGUGUGGUUUAUUGCGUUUGCACAGUACCUAUCGCCAUGACCUGAAGAUCUAUGCCUCUGAUGAAGGCAGAGUUCAGAUGACUGCUGCCGCCUUUGCCAAGGGUCUGCUAGCCCUUGAAGGGGAGUUGACCCCCAUCUUGGUCCAGAUGGUAAAAAGCGCCAACAUGAACGGCUUGUUGGACAGUGACAGUGACUCUCUGAGCAGCUGUCAGCAGCGUGUUAAAACCCGACUCCAUGAAUUCUUCCAGAGAGACCGAGACUUCAUCACCGAAGAUUAUGAAAAGCUAUCUCCAACUGCAAGCAUUUCUCUUAUCAAGUCAAUGCAGAUGAUUAAAAAUCCUGUAAAGACAUGUGAUAAGGUCUACUCUCAGAUCCAGAGCUUGACAUCGCAGAUAAGGCAGAGGAUGGAGGAUCCAAAAUCAGCAGAUAUCCAGCUCUACCACAGUGAAACUCUUGAUCUUAUGCUGCGUAGAUGGGCAAAGCUGGAGAAAGACUUUAAAAUGAAGAAUGGAAGAUAUGACAUCAGCAAAAUCCCUGAUAUUUAUGAUUGUAUUAAAUAUGAUGUUCAGCACAACAGCUCUUUAAAACUGGAGAACACAAUGGAACUAUACCGACUUUCAAAGGCAUUAGCUGACAUUGUCAUUCCUCAGGAAUAUGGUAUAGCGAAUGUGGAGAAGCUGGACAUUGCUAAAGGUUACUGCACUCCUCUGAUCAGGAAGAUCCGCUCAGACCUGCAGAGAACACAGGACGAUGACACUGUAAAUAAACUUCACCCUGUGUAUUCCCGAGGAGUUAUGUCACCAGAACGGCAUGUUCGGACUAGGUUAUACUUUACCAGUGAGAGUCACGUUCACUCACUUCUUUCCAUUUUACGUUACGGGGCCUUGUGUGAUGAGACCAAAGAUGAUCAGUGGAAGAGGGCCAUGGAUUAUCUAAAUGUUGUCAGCGAGCUAAAUUACAUGACUCAGAUUGUGAUUAUGCUUUAUGAGGACCCAAACAAGGACCCUUCAUCGGAGGAACGUUUUCAUGUUGAGUUGCACUUCAGUCCUGGAGCAAAGGGUUGUGAAGAAGACAAAAAUCUACCGUCAGGUUUUGGAUACAGACCAGCCUCUCGUGAGAAUGAAGGUUCAAAGAAAAAAUCCCAGACUAAUGACAGUGAUGAGGAACCCAAUGCAGCUAAAAGGGAUGAACCGGACAGGGCCCCAAUGAUGUUCCGACCAAUGGUCUCAGAUCCCAUCUACAUUCACAGAAAGUCACCCCUACCGCGCUCCAAAAAAAUUGGCUCAGUAGAAUUCCAGGAAGAGCGCCCCCUGAGUGUGUCUAGCCCUGAGUGUAUUGGUACCUGGAUGCAUUACACCUGUGGUGUGGGUACUGGGCGUCGAAGACGCAGAUCAGGGGAACAAAUAACUUCUUCCCCUGUCUCCCCCAAAUCACUGGCUUUCACAUCCAGUAUUUUUGGCUCAUGGCAACAGGUCCUGUCUGAGAACAAUAGCCAUGCACGACUUGCCAGACUGCAUGCAGAACAGAAGCACACUGGAAUGGGGUCUCAUUGUGCAGGCCUGUUUAGCACCACGGUGCUCGGGGGCUCUUCCAGUGCACCUAACCUACAGGAUUAUGCUCGUACGCACCGUAAAAAGCUGACUUCAUCUGGCUUCUUAGAUGACGCCACACGUGGUUCUGCUGUAAAAAGAUUUUCUAUCUCAUUUGCUCGACACCCAACCAAUGUGUUUUCCAGUUUGUUCUGUGGUUUUGAGUUGUAUUCCAUGGUGCCUUCAAUUUGCCCGCUUGAGACCCUGCACAAUUCCUUAUCACUUAAGCAAGUGGAUGAGUUUUUGUCUUCUGUUGCUGUAUCAUCCAGCGAAACUUUCUUGGAAACACCAACUCCUUCCCCAGCUUCAGCUGUCAGUUACAGUGGAAUAACAAACCGUAAAAUCUCUCUGAAUACAUUCACUCCUGCAAAGAUUCUGCCGUCUCCAUUUUCACACUCUGCAAGUAAGAAGGCUGCAGACAGGGCAUCAGUCGUGAGCAGUGGGCCCUCCAGUACAGUAUCGGGUGCUGGUCCCUCCUCUCUAACAGAGCUUUCGCCUCAUGGAACCCCUGAGAACAAAUUGCUGUUGCAAAAGAAAAGUGAAGAAAAUGAAACACCACCUGGACCCUAACCGUUAAAAAAAAAAAAACAAAAAAAAAAAAACACACACACACACAAUCUAAAGCCUUAAUAGUUUCACUAUCAUUAAACUGGGCUUGUACACAAGACAUUCGUUUUGCUUUACAUACGCUUUGAUAAAAAAAGCAUUUGAUCUGUUUCGGGGAUUUUUUUUUUCCUGUGUUUUAUGUAUGUUGUAUAUAUUGAUCCUGAAAAUAUCUAGUGCUCGCAUUAUGUAUAUAUUUUUAUUUCUGUUGUGUGAUAUAGAUCACCAGAUUAUUUGAUUUGGUUGUGUGGGCCAACCAGAUAAAGUUAACUUUGAAAAGUUGUGCCACUGUAAGGCAAAUACAGUUUUUGUAUGAAAGGUUUCUUUAAAUAGACCAUAAUGUGUAUUCAUUAUUUAAUUUGGGCAAAUGUUCUUUUUGUGUAUUGCUCUUUUUAAGUAGUACAAUUACCAAAGAAAACUUGACUAGCCCAAAUAUGUAUAUGUUCGGAAAAAGAGUCAAAAUAGUUUUCAGCUGCGGGUGCUACAAAAAAAGUAAUGCUAUGUUGCUCAUUUAUUAUUCUCUUCAUUUUACAGGUACGUUUAGGUUGUUUUAACUUUAUGAUUGCUAGAAAUUAACUUUAAGUACUUCACUUGCUGUAAAAUACAAUCUCAGUAAAAAUGUAAUGUAUAGUAGGUGUGAAUGAAUGUAUUAUAAUAUUGUCUGUAUUCAUGUACAUACUAAUUAAGCAGUAAAACUACAGUAGUGUUGGAUCAGUAUGAAACCUGGCUUUUACUGUUUGCACUAAAGUUUUAAAAAAAAGA